UAGUGCUAAAUAUGAUGUAGAGGGAUUUCCUAGCUAAGGGACUUCAGCAAGUGAUUAGGUGGAAAACAUGUGGGGAGCAGGGAAGGCAGGGCAGGGGUGACUCUCCCCUGGUGCUUUGGCACUUUGAGCUGACAACCAAGACAGUGUUUGGAUUCAAACCAGAACCAGCGUGGCCAGUAACUGAUCUUGCGAUCUCACAAUCAGCCACAGAAUUCUGCCGUCAUGGUUCCCCUUGGAGACCUGCGAGGAUUCUGCAGGAGGCUCACCUGGCAGCAUUCUAGAUAAGCUGCAGCAUCUUUGAUAAGUUGGUUGUCUUUGGCUGUCAGUUUAUCAUCAGCUUGUCAUCUUAGCUGUCAGGAUGGGUGGCUGCUGGUCAUGGGUGAACUGUAGGUCUCACCCAGAGGCAGAACGAAAGUCAUCCCAGAAAUCCGAUCCAUGUUGCUCCAUGUCCUGGGGGACCCAUGUUGCACCAUGUUCUGGGAGACCCUCUGGGGGAAGAGCCCAAUGAGGCAACCUUGGUGCCAGGACCCCUUCCAGGACUUCAUGUCCCCACUGACAUUCUGGGGAAAGAGCUCAAUGAGGAAACUUCAAUGCUAGGAUCCCUUCCAGAACCUCGCAUCCCCACAGAUAUUCUGGAGGAAGAGCUCAAUGAGGAAAUGUUGGUCCCAAGAUCCCUUCCAGGACCUUGCAUCACCAAUGACAUUCUGGGGGAAGAGCCCAAUGAGGCAACCUUGGUGCCAGGACCCCUUCCAGGACUUCAUGUCCCCACUGACAUUCUGGGGAAAGAGCUCAAUGAGGAAACUUCAAUGCUAGGAUCCCUUCCAGAACCUCGCAUCCCCAUAGAUAUUCUGGAGGAAGAGCUCAAUGAGGAAACAUCGGUGCCAGGAUCUCUUCCAGAACCUCACGUCCCCACUGAUAUUCUGGAGCAAGAGCUCAAUGAGGAAAUGUUGGUGCCAAGAUCCCUUCCAGGACCUUGCAUCACCAAUGACAUUCUGGGGGAAGAGCCCAAUGAAGCAACCUUGGUGCCAGGACUCCUUCCAGGACUUCAUGUACCCACUGACAUUCUGGGGAAAGAGCUCAAUGAAGCAACCUCAGUGCCAGGAUCCCUUUCGGGACCUCGCAUUUCCACUGAUAUUCUGGAGGAAAUGCUCCAUGAGAAAACCUCAAUGCCAGGAUCUCUUCCAGGACCUCGCGUCCACACUGAUAUUCUGCAGGGAGAACUCAAUGAGGCAACUUCAGUGCCAGGAUCCCUUCCAGGACCUCACAUCACCAAUGACAUUCUGGGGAAAGAGAUCAAUGAGGAAACCUCAGUGCCAGGUCCUUCCAUCCCCACUGGCACUCCAAAGGAAGCAGCUUUUGUGUCAGAGCCCUUACCAGAGCCUUCCAUUGCUGACAAUUACCUUGAGCAAGAAGUAGAAAUCCUCAAAGGAUUACAGAAUGACUAUGUCCAGCGGCAAAUGAAGGUUCGCCGCAUUUCCCAACAGUUCCCUCGUUCUCUCCGAGCCAUCAACCUGCAAAUUGGACACACACGGACAAGGCUCAUCCGCAGUGAAGUUCGGCUGCAACGGUGGGGAAAGGAAGGUGACCAAGCUCUGAUGCCUGUAAUUCAGACAGCUUCUCAUGAUGAUCCUGCAGGCCCUGCUGCAUGUCUCCGCCCCCCUGGGUCCAGUUCAUUAUUAUCUUCUGCAUCGCUGGAAGUUGGCUCCAUCCCACCCUCCGCCUCCACCUCUUCUUUCCUCCUGCAUCCCUCUCCCCCUCCUCCUCCUUCCCCACCUCCUCUAGAGCCGGACCUCAGCAAUGUAAAAGAAACUCUGCAGAGUUUGAUGGAUUUGCAGUUCCAUCAGCUGAAUGACCGCCAAAGAGACCUCCGCAGCUGCCAGGAAUGUUUGCAAAACCUCAAGGCACUGAGGGUACAGCUCCGGAGACUGCGGAGCAGACUGGCAAGGGUGGAAGCCACUAUGGGGAUCCUGGUUCCUCCAAGGGAGCUGGAUGUUGAUGAGGAAAAAGAGAAAGACAAAAACCAGACAGUGCUUCAUACAUAGGUAGCAAUAAAAUGCUGCAUAUUUAUUUUAAAAAUAUUAAACAUUUGUUUUAAUAGGAUAGGAUGUAGAGAUAAAACAGCAACAGAACAUGCAUAUUUACUGCUUAAAAAUUAAAAAGUUGAUUUUAAAGAAAAUAAAGUUGUCUUACUUUGAA